AUGAAUCAUUUUUCAGUUUUUCUGCCAAUUCGCUCAACAUUUUGUUUUCAAAACGCUCUUCAAAAGUGCAAGGUUUGAUGAUUUGAAAACAUAGCUGAGAUGUACUUUGGAACAGAUUAAUUAAUGAUUCAAAUAACCUUUUACGUUGUUUGAUUUCAUUCGAGCUGUGGCGUUUCAAAGUUUACUUUGUAAUUAUUAGGAAAAAGGUAUUUUUGAAGUCUUUGAGGCGUCAUAGUUUGAAAGGGCAAUAUGAGUUCAAACCUUUUUUUCAAAUUUUUAAUAAUGUACGUUAAAAGUAUGAAUCAGCUAAGAUUUAGUCAGUUUGUUAAAUAUUGUUAUUUGCACUGCUUUGUUGAUGAAAAAAACAUUGGGAAAAACUGUUUUUUUUAGGUUUUUUUAUUUUGUAAAUAUCAUGUUUCUAGUGUAAAAAAAGUUUAGAAACCUCGCAAAAAAACGGGGAUUUCACUUGGAAACCUAAAAACAUUAAUUUAUGAAGGUCUAGUUUUUGUUUUCUAAUGGUACUUUGUACCAGAAAAAUCACCAAAAUUUUGGAAAGUUCAGUUUUUUCCGUAAUUCAGCUUGGAAAGUACCGGAAUACUCUAUUGUGCAAAGUUUUUUUUAUAUAGAAAAAGCAGUAAAAAAGCUGCAAAUAUUGUUUUAGAGCAUCUUUUUUUUGCGUUUUCAAACUUGCUCCGCUUCUCCCCGAUGAAUAAGCCAGAGAAAUUUCGUUCAGAUGACGUCGGCGGAGGAAAUAAAUGUGGAAACUCGAGCCACAUUCGAUUCCAACAACGAAAACAACCCCCGAGGUGCUACACCUGCCGAGGCGGGCCAGAGAGCAGAGGAGUGGGUUUUUUUUUCGCCCUCCUGCAUAACUUAUGUUAAUUCGCUCACGAUUUUUGUCUUUCUUUUUUCUCCCUUCAACACAUCGAUCGAAAUCAACAACUUGUCUUAUUCUCUGAUGGUGUAGGCGCUUUGAUAUCCCGUUUCGAAAUUGACUUUUUCCCCGGGUUUUAGGACGAAAGGCGCUCAUUUGUACAACGUCCUCGGGAUCGAGAAGAAUGCGACGGACGAGGAGAUUAAGCGCGCCUACAGGAAGCUCGCCCUGCGCUAUCAUCCCGAUAAGAACCUUGAGGGAGACCCCGAGAAAACGGAAAAAGUCGGCGAUUUCCACCACAUCAUGAUUGGACUUUUGAUUUUCAGUUCAAGGAAGUCAACUAUGCAAAUGCGGUCCUGUCAAAUCCCAACAAAAGGAAGGUUCGUGUCGCUUUUUUUAGACUUUUGCGGUUAGGUAGCGUUCUGUAGUAACAUCCUUUACCUUGUGAAAUUGGCCUAGAAAAAUAUCAUUUUAUAAAAUUUAUACAUUUGCUUGAAAAAAUGCUCAAAUAAUGGGAAAAAUCCCAAUGGCAACUUAAGAGGUCCUUCAAAGACUACUAGGAAAGGACUCUAAAGUUACCACUAGAACCACCUCUACAGUGGCUAACGUUUUACGUAUUAGUGGUCACUAUAGUAGUAUUAGUGGUCUAGUAGUACCACUUAGACUUCUAAAGUGGUCACUAAUUAUUAAUGACUGAAGUGGCCACUAAAUUGACUACUAUAGUGUCCACUGAAACGACCUCUACAGAAGCCGCUGUUUAGCGUCUUAGUGGCCACUAUAGUAGUUUUUAAAGGCCUUGUAGUUACGCUUGGACUUCUUAAGAGGCCACUAGAAUUUAGCCACUUUAUUGGCCAUUAAUUAAAAGACUAGGGGCCACUAAAACGUAAAAACCCUAUAGGGGCCACUAAAACGUAAAAACCCUUUAGUGGUCACUGAAACGUCAAAACUUAUUUCGAAUAGCUCAGCUUUUUUUGAACGGCUUUUCAAGGCCUCUCUCGGCUCGAAAAACAUCGGUUUAAGUUUUCGAAAAAGUUGAAAAUUUCUCCCGGAAAAAAACUUACUGUACACCUUUUUUCAUUGUCAGAUUCAAAAUUUAUUUUUUUUUUCAAAAAAAUGCGGAGUUUUGAGCAUUUUAAACUUUGAAAAGGCGUCACAGUACGUGCGACUUUUUUACGGCAGUUUCAUGUUUUUAACUUCUAAAAGAAAGAUUUCCAGGUUUAUGACGAGUUAGGUGAAACCGGACUGAAGCUCAUGGAACAAUUUGGCGAAGACGAGAAGAUCUUGCAAUGGAUGUUGAAGCCUUGGUUCAAAGUGAAUAGAUUUUCCAAAAUCCUCGCUCAAAAUCUCACGAUUUUCAGUGGGUUUUCAUGGGAAUCGGCCUCCUGACGUGCGGGUUUUUUUGUUGUUGCUGUGGUUGCAUAUGCUGCUGUCAGUUCUGUUGCAACUUUUGCUGCGGAAAGUACAAGCCGGCUGCGCAGGAGGAUGUAGGCUGAAUAAUCGAUAAAGUGUACCGGAGAAGUUCAGAUGUUCGACGUCCCAGAGGAUUUGGCACAAGAUGACGUUCCAACCAUCACCACGCAGCCAAAUGGAAUCGUGAUCGAGGUUUAAAAAAAGCUCCAAAAUCUUGAAAUUAGUCGUUUUCUUGUGUUAAAAAUUUAGUUCUUAAAAUAAAAGUGAUCAAAACUGGCGGAAAAUGAAGGUUGAGCCCAUUUUUCAAUGUUUUUUUCGAAAGAGAAAUUUUUUUAAAAUUUUUAUUCGCUUUGAAAAAAUUCGUAAUAAGGACUAAAGAGGUGGUUUUAGUGGCCACUUUAGUGUCCUCUCCAAUAAUUCUUUCGAGGACCUCUAUAGUGACCACUGGAGUUUUCCCAGCUAUAAGUGUAAUUUUAAAAACGCCAGAGUGGUCCCUAUAGGCUUCAGGAGAACAGCCCCGAAAGAAGCAAAAAGCACUCCCUCUAGGGGUAAAAUUUAGGUGAUUCUAUAGAUUUUCAGAGUCUGAGCCUAAAGCCCUCGAGCUUAAGUGGUCCCUAUAGGGUCUUUCAGCUUUUUUUUUUCAGAUUUUUAAAACAAGAAUGUAAUAAAAUUCGAUCGAUUAGAGCACAUUUGAUAUUUUUUUUCACUUUAAAAAGAGCCAAUUUCUUGUGUUUUUCAUGGAAAUAUUCUGCACAUAGAGCUUAUAACAAUACGCCUCUCUAGGGGCCACUUUUGCGAGCUUUAGCGGCCCUUUUAGGGGAGGUAAAAUGGUCCCUAGAGAGGAGACCUUCAACUUCCAUUUUAGUUAUCACUCUGGCGUUCUCAAGAUACUUUUUAAUGACAUAAAAUUGAGAUAUUUCAAUUCGAAACAAUUUUUAGAAAAUUUAAUAAUUUCCAGCCCACUUCAACGUCUUCACCAACACGUCAAUAUAAGGGGCCGAAUGGCGAAGAGCCUUCAAGAGUGAGAAAAAUCAAAAAUUUUACUGAAAAAGUUGAAUUUUUCAGCCAGCCGUGAUAGCAAUGCCUCCUCCUUCAUCACAAGGAUACGGUUCCGUUGAAUCAAGUCAUUAA